AUGGCAGACCAACGUCCAAAACGAGACACUCCCAACGCAGAUGACAUUGCGAACAAAAGCAUCGAAGAACCCGAACUGAACGAGGAGGAACUCGAUUCAUACAUCAUCUCCACGCCCAAGCGAAAGGACGAAAAGCUAGAACCGCUCACGCCAAAACGAGGGAACGGAGGAACAGACCUAAGCACUCACAAUCACAAUCAAGACACCCAAAUCGACGACAAAGCACCACCUACACCGUACUCCGCCACCAGCAAACAAGAAAGAAAGCUCACCAACCGCAUCAACAAACGAACCCCCACUCGCUGCUCCUCCCGAUCACCAGAACGUCUAGGUGCAUUCGGCAUGCACGCCCGCCGUCUCCGCAAGGGGCUUGCCUCCCCUUUGAAAUCGAAAGCGUGGGCGCAGGAGGUGAGCGAGAAGUGGGAGUAUCAGGCUGAGGACUUUGAGGCUUGGAGGGAUUGUGAGUUGGAUUGGUGA